AUGACGGCCGAGAGCCGGCUGCCGCCGGGCCCCCCGCCGCCGCCACCGCCGUUGAAGGCGGAGGCGGUGCCGCCGGGAGAGGAGGAGGCGGCGGCGGCGGGGGUGCGGGGCGGGCGGCGUCGCCGCAAGCGUCCGGCGGAGCGGGGCAAGCCGCCGUACAGCUACAUCGCCCUCAUCGCCAUGGCCAUCGGGCAGGCGCCCGAGCGGCGACUGACGCUCGGCGGCAUCUACCGCUUCAUUACCGAGCGGUUCCCUUUCUACCGCGACAGCCCCCGCAAGUGGCAGAACAGCAUCCGCCACAACCUCACCCUCAAUGACUGCUUUGUCAAGGUGCCACGGGAGCCCGGCCGCCCCGGCAAGGGCAACUACUGGACGCUGGACCCUCACGCCCGCGACAUGUUCGAGAGCGGGUCCUUCCUCCGCCGCAGAAAACGUUUCAAACGCAGCGACCUCUCCACCUACCCGGCCUUCCUCGCCGAGCGCCCCGCCGCUCCCUGCCGCCUCCUCUCGCUGCCCGCCCCGCCGCCCCCCGCCGACCUGCCCCCGGCACCCGCCGCCACCUCCUGCGCCUUUGCCACCGCCUUCCCCGCGCAGGGCUGCGCCUCCGCCUCUCUGCCUCACGCCUACGCCCCGCUGCCCACCGCUCCCGGGCCCUACGCGCCCGGGGGCCACGGGCCGCUGUACGCGCCGUCGGGGCGCAUCGUGCUGCCUGCCUCUUCUCCCGGCCCCACUACGCUCUACGGCCGCCGCUCCCCUGCACCCUACCCGCCGCUGCCCCACGCCUACGGCGCCGGAGGGCAGCUGAGUGCCGCCGAGCCCGCACCGCGACACGGCACCUACCCUGGAGGCCCCGACAGGUUCGUCCCGGCGCUCUGA